UUUGGUCGAAGCGGUCCACCAGUGGCCAGGCUAGUCUCACGGGCAGACGUGAGAAUAGCCACAAGUGAAAGAAAAAGAAGAAGACGGCGACAGUCUACUGCCGGGCAAGGGACAAGGCACGAGGUUUCCUUUUGAUUGUAGCGCAAAGUGCCACAGUGCCGCGUGUUCCUUUAGAGUAGCGCGCAAAUAUUAUUGAUGAAUAUAUUUUUCUAUGAAUUUGUUGAAAAAAUUGAGAAUAAAGAAUAGUGGCAAGUGAGUGUCAAAAUGUUGGUCCUUUUCGAAACUCCGGCGGGAUACGCUAUUUUCAAGGUACUUGACGAGAACAAACUGACCAAAAGUGAGAAUCUUUAUCGUGAUUUUGAGACGCCUGAAGCUGCUUCAAAAAUCGUAAAGUUGAAGCAUUUUGAAAAAUUUGCUGACACAACAGAGGCUUUGGCAGCAACAACAGCGGCGGUAGAGGGGAAGUUAUGCAAGACUCUGAAGAAAACCCUGAAGAAACAUUGCGCAGAGGUGCAAGAGCAGCUGGCUGUAGCCGACGCCAAAUUGGGUAACGCGAUAAAAGACAAAAUGUCAUUGUCCUGUGUCAGCAACACUACCAUCCAAGAAUUGAUGAGAUGCAUAAGAAGUCAAACGGAUGCUUUAUUAGCCGGAUUCCCCAAGAAAGAAAUGACGGCUAUGGCUCUGGGUCUGGCGCACAGUUUGUCCAGAUACAAGCUGAAAUUUUCUCCUGAUAAAAUCGACACUAUGAUCAUCCAAGCUGUUUGUCUUCUCGAUGAUUUGGACAAGGAAUUAAACAACUAUGUGAUGCGCUGCAGGGAAUGGUACGGUUGGCACUUCCCCGAGCUUGGAAAAAUCAUAACCGACAACGUUGCGUUCGUGAAAACGGUUAAAGUAAUUGGAACCCGAGAAAACACGAGCUCCUGCGACCUUUCGGAUCUCCUGGCCGAAGAAAUCGAAGAGAAAGUCAAAGAGGCUGCUGAGAUUUCAAUGGGAACCGAAAUUUCCGAGGACGAUAUUCUGAACAUCCAAAAUCUGUGCGAUCAGGUGAUCGAGAUCUCGCAGUAUCGAAGCCAGCUUUACGAUUACUUGAAAACCAGAAUGAUGGCAAUGGCUCCGAAUCUGACCGUUCUCGUGGGAGAACUGGUCGGCGCCCGGCUCAUUUCGCACGCUGGUUCCCUCAUCAACCUCGCAAAACAUCCGGCUUCGACGGUCCAGAUCCUCGGUGCCGAGAAAGCCCUUUUCCGUGCCCUUAAAACCAAAAGAGACACGCCGAAGUACGGUCUCAUUUAUCACGCGCAAUUGGUCGGUCAAGCUUCGACGAAAAACAAGGGUAAAAUGUCAAGAAUGUUGGCGGCCAAAGCUGCGCUCGCAACGAGGGUCGAUGCCCUUGGCGAAGACGGAAGUUUCGACCUCGGAGCCGAGCACAAGGCGAAGCUGGAGUCCCGCUUGCGGAUUCUGGAGGACGGAAAUAUUCGAAGAAUCAGCGGAACGGGAAAAGCUAAAGCUAAAUUUGAAAAAUAUCAUUCUAGCAGUGAAUUCGUUCAAUACCCAGCCGCGGCAGACUCGACUUUGCCGAGCGGAAGCGGCGCCGGUAUCAAACGGCGACACUCGGAAUCAGAAGUCAAAAAACCGAAGAUCCUCGUCGAAGAAAUUAGCCCCGAAGACGAGCAGUCAGCAGUUCCUAAAAAGAAGAAAAAGAGGAUGAGCGAGAGCGACGUCAAAGAAGAAAAGGACGAUAAGAAAUCUGUCGUCAAAAUGGAAUUGGAGGACGCUGAAACUUCCGAACAAAUCAAAACCGAGGAAUCCGAAGAACCAACGACCAAGAAAAAGAAGAAUAAGAAGAAGAAAAAGGACACAGACAUGGACACUUCCGAGGUCAAGGCCGAACCUCAAGACGAUUCGUCUCAAGACCCACAGAAAGCGAAGAAGAAAAAGAUGAAGGAAGAGACGAAAGAAGAAGAUGAAACAACAGCUGACGCGUCCGAGGCACCACAGAGCGAGAAGAAAAAGAAAAAGAAGAAAAAAUCGAAAUCGCUUUCGAAUGAUUAAGAUUAACCCGAAGAGGAUCGAACAUUUGCCGAAAAAUGUUGAACUUUUGUUAAUUUUUUUUUCCUUUACUAUUUUAUAUAGUAUUAUUUUUUGUGCAAAUAAUAUUUCCAUCUCGAGAAACAAUGAGAAAAACCGAAUAAAAAAUUACGCGCAAGAAAAUGUGAAAAACA